GGCUGAUUCCACGCACUGACGAUUUGAAAAUUAGUGCCAGCGUUCACAGCCUGAGGAGCGACUGCCCUGAGAGAGACAAAGAUCAGUACAUAAUUUAUUUAAAAACAAAGAAAGUCGGUGCAAUGUUAGCCGGGGAGGACGGUGCCCAGCUGCAGUGCUGCGUGACGGUGGAGCAGCUAAACAACUCCGGCCAGGCCACCCGCAGACAGGUCCUCCGAAAAGGCUCUGUUACCCUGGGCCGAAACGAGUUCCAGGAGAUCGUCCUCCGGGUGCACGACGGAAAAAUCCCACAAAGUUACCGUCUCAAAGAGUUCAAACUGUUUACAAAGUUCGCUAGAGAUGGGAAGUGCACCGUCAAACUUCUCCCUGAAAACAUCCAGGUGCUCAUCUCGAACUGCCCUCCGGAUAAGCUGAACCUCUUCCUCAAAACUCUGAGCAUCAAACAUCAGGCCUGGCAGAGCAGCAGGACUCUGAGCGACCGAGAGAAGCUCAAAGCCGGUCUGCCCCGAAGCUUCGAGGCCAUCAGCCCCCUGCAGCAAAAGGAUAUCCAGAAGGUCAACGAGCUGAGAAGUAAAGUGGGCCCCAAAGGGCUGGCAGACCGCACCAAUAAGACGACUGUGGCAGGAACUGGACAGCAGGUCAAAAGGUCGAGGAGUGACAGUAACUUUAGUCCAGUGAAGGCCAAUCCAAGUAAGAAGCCCAUCUUGUCUCUGCCAUCAUGUAAGCUGAACAAAGAGCAAACAGCUGUGCUCAGUGCUGUGCUGAGAGGCAAGAACGUCUUCUUCACUGGAAGCGCAGGUACAGGAAAGUCCUUCUUGCUGAAGAGAAUCAUGGGAUCUCUUCCUCCAAAGAGCACCUUUGCCACAGCCAGUACAGGAGUGGCAGCAUGUCACAUUGGAGGAACAACAUUACACAACUUUGCCGGUAUCGGCUCCGGCUGUGCCCCUCUGGAGCAGUGUAUCGAGCUGGCUCAGAGGCCCGGGGUGCUGCAGCACUGGACUAGCUGUCGGCACCUCAUUAUCGACGAGAUCUCCAUGGUAGAGGCUCAGUUCUUUGACAAGAUCGAGGCAGUGGCCAGGUCAGUGAGGAGGUCCACUGAGCCGUUUGGAGGCAUGCAGCUGAUUGUGUGCGGCGACUUCCUCCAGCUGCCUCCUGUCUCUAAGGGAAAAGAAAAGUCCAGCUUCUGCUUCCAGGCGAGGAGUUGGCGUAAGGUCAUCCAGCUCAACAUGGAGUUAACAGAAGUGCGGAGACAAACAGACCAGUCCUUCAUCUCCCUCCUGCAGGCAGUGAGGGUGGGCAGGGUGACGGAGGAAGUCACCGCUAAGCUGAUGGCGAGCGCCUACCAUCAGAUUGAGAGGGACGGCAUUCUAGCGACCAGGCUGUGCACACACAAGGACGACGUUGAGCUCACAAAUGAGAACAAACUCCAGCAGUUGCCAGGGUCAGUGCAUGUGUUUGAGGCACUGGACAGUGACCCAGUUCUGGUGAAGACUAUAGAUGCUCACAGCCCGGUCGGCAGACUGAUCCAACUGAAAGUGGGAGCUCAGGUCAUGCUGACAAAGAACCUGGACGUUACUCGAGGCCUCGUCAAUGGAGCACGAGGGGUUGUGGUGGCUUUUGAGCCUGGAAAACAUGGACUUCCACGUGUGCGUUUCCUGUGUGGCGUUACGGAGGUGCUGAAGCCCGAACGCUGGAUGUUUAAGUCUGGUGGUGGGAUACACCUGAGUCGACAGCAGCUGCCUCUCAAACUGGCCUGGGCCAUCUCCAUCCACAAGAGCCAGGGAAUGACGCUGGACUGUGUGGAAAUAUCUCUGGCACGUGUGUUUGAGAGCGGUCAGGCUUAUGUGGCCUUGUCUCGAGCUCGGAGUCUGGAGGGUCUGAGGGUCAUGGACUUUGACCCGCGUGUGGUCAGGGCAGAUCCAGAUGUUCUCGUCUUCUACAAGAAACUGAGGAAGGAGAGGCUGCUCCUGCAGGCCUCCAUGGAUGAAUUUGUUGGCAAUGGCAACAAAGAAAACUCCUGGUGAGAAGAUGAACUCAUCUGCAUCCUGUGGAACAUUAUGCACUGUGUGCAUGAGUUAUUUACAUGGUGUCAUUCUGUUUCAUUUCUCUUGGGAGAAGUUUGUUUUAUCUUAAAUGACCACAUCUACCUCAGAGCUCAUGUUUAAACUGGUAGCGUUAAGUCACACUGCCACCUUCUGAUCAUUACUGUAAUUUCAUUUUGUAGAUCUUAUUUUUAUAAUUUGAUUUUAUAAUUUAUUAUCAUGUUUGCAUGUAUUCAAAUAAAGUUUUAGCCAACUUA